UCUUGAGCUCCAUCCUUAUAUAGCAGAAAAUAGGGCCCCGAUCACAAUGUGGAAAGACCUACGACCGAUUCCACCCCGCGGUAUUUCUGACCCUCCCAUUCUGUAACAUGCCUGUAACAUCUUUCCUCCAUUUUGACCAUACAGCCCUUGACGCGCUCGAAGCGAAUAAAAAGUGUGUCGCGGAAGUGUCCAACAACGGCUCUAUCAAGCGUUGUGGGCAAUGGAUCAAGUUUGACAACCUUAAAUCCUUUUACAUAACGAACCAAAACACCCCCCGAAACAAGCUUCCUCUUCUAGAGAUCGCGAAGCUAUGUCUCUGUGCGACGCAUCGCAGAGAGACAAACAUCUCGUGGGCUGUGGACCAGUGGACUCAAGAGAUUAGCGAUACAAGCUGCCCCCCCAGCAAGGCUUUGCCAGAUACCAACGCACCAUUGACACCACAAAAAAGAGAUGAUGGCCGACAGAGAGCGACUCUGUCUCCAGAUAGUUUCCAGAUGAAUAAGAAACAUAACUCACCCCACAAAGUUGACGAAAAAAUAAUGGCAAUAAUCAACAAGCCGAAAAAGGUCCAAGGGACAUUGAACAUUGUAUACAUUUUCUCAGAUGCGAACAUCCCCCACAAAUUCAAGGUCGGCCAUACGACAAACAGGAAGGGUCGAUUUGCAAAGUGGGCCAAAUGUUAUCCUAAACUCGUCGUUCAUACCUUGACUGAGUGCACCGAUGCCAAAAAGGUUGAGAAACUGGUGCAUGCGGAGUUGGACCAGCAACGCCAAAAGCAUAGCUGUGACUUAUGCGAUUCGAAACCAGUUAGCCAUGGGGAGUGGUUUGAAAAAGACCUUGAUGAUAUUCGUCGCAUUGUAGAAGGAUGGGCGGCGUUUGUCGAUAAUGCCUACCAUGAGAAUGGAUAUGUCAAGCCCGAAUACAAAUCAUCAUUUGCAGGAUCCUCCCAGGACGAGGGACGAUGGCAGAACUGGAUCCGGGGAGAGCUCAAACGGAACAAGAUCGCCGCUGCCGCUGCACAAGAAUUGGAGGAGGAUCUCACGGAUAGUGGCAGCAGUGAAUCACUGGCUACCCCACAGACCGAUCCCUCUGGUACCUCCGAAGCACCACCGUCUCCCAUUCUACACAUCCCAUGUGUAUUUCCUACAGUCGAAGAGCACGUUGGCUCUAUGCCUUCUGCGAGAGAAACUGCGGUGACUCCAAAGCCACUAGGUGGGAAGGCUUCCAAGGAAGAAGAAGAGAGGGUCACUUUCUUCGGCCUGGCUAAACGUAUCGUGUCUGUGGUCGCUGGCUAUUCUAGCUGAGUGGGGAAUACAAAACACUAAAGAACGAGGCUCAAACCGAAAAAAUAAAAAAAUACAUACAACAGGAGGGAUUCG